GAACAGAGAAUUGAAGUACUCGACGAUCUUUGGCAGCACGGAACCAAAGUUUCAUUCCUUGUACGAUAGUUUCAAGUUUUUCUUAGGGUUUCAAGGUUCCUUCAGUAUUCUCUUUCAAUGGCUUCUAGCUCUCAUAGAGGCGGUGAUUUCUACGGUGCUGCUUCCUAUAGAUCCAGGGAUGGAUUGAGUACGAGGCAAGUAGGUGGUGCAGAUGAAAUACAGUUGCGGAUUGAUCCGAUGCACGGAGACCUAGAUGAUGAGAUCACAGGUCUUCGCAAGCAAGUAAAACAGCUCAGAAAUGUAGCACAAGAAAUUGAGUCGGAAGCAAAGUAUCAGAAUGAUUUUAUUAACCAACUGCAAAUGACAUUGAUCAAAGCUCAGGCAGGAGUAAAGAACAACAUGAGACGGUUGAACAGGAGUAUCAUCCAAGAAGGAUCAAACCAUGUGAUGCAUGUGGUUCUUUUUGCUCUAUUUUGCUUCUUUGUAAUAUAUUGGUUGGCCAAAUUUUCACGGAGAUAAGUGCAACCCUACUUUCUAUGUUGGUUUGCUGUUUCCUGGUACAAGUUCUGAUGAAGACACAAUCUAUUCGAGCCAUCAAACAGAUUCUAAGCAG